AUGCAUUCAAGAUAUUCAACUAGAACAGCGCCCCAUCGUAUUUUUAUUCAAGCAUUGAACGAAAAUGGAUCAAGUAAAGACUGGAAGAAGUCGUUUCUUGAAGAUCCAAACAAUAAAUGGCUUUGUGAUAUUCCAGAUGAUUACAUUAAUGAAAUUAACAAUGUUUACGGACUUUCAGAUGAAAUAGACAACUUCAACGAAUGCAAAGAUAUCAUUACGCAUAAAAUAAAAAGUGAAAAUAUUGAUCCAGGAAAAUAUAUCGAAGUUGAGAGGAAUUUACCGAUUGCAUAUGGAAUGAUUCAUGCAAGAUACAUCAUGUCGCCAGAUGGAAUGAACAAUAUGACAGAAAAAUACAAAAGAAAAAUAUUCGGAACUUGCCCUAGAUACUCUUGCAAUAACGAACCAUUAUUACCUAUAGGUAUAAGUAGUCAAACUAAGGUUUCUACGGUUAAAGUUUUUUGUCCUUGCUGCAGAAGGAUUUACGAGCCUCGCCCGCCUGUAAGCUUAGAUGGAGCAUUCUUUGGUCCAAAUGUUGCUCAUAUGCUGAUUGAUCAUUUAGAUAUUUUCGAUCAUAAUUUAUUAUAUAAACCAUACAUUAGAAAAGCCUGUGGUUUCAAGGUUUAUGAUCCUAGAUUUGACGCAAAGCAACGUUUUCCAUGA